GCCGCGCUCGAGCAGAGGGUCAAGAUGCUGAAGGAGGUGAUCCAGAAGAACCGAGAUGGUACUGAAGAGCACCAGAAGGAGUUGCAGGAGCUUCGGGUGGCGGCUCAGACUGUGGUCGAGUCCGUAGGUUCCGCCGAGGAGUUUGAUGGCAGUUUGGCUGAUCGGCUGCAGAAGGUUCCUCAGAAGUUUGCCGAGUACUUGGCUGAAGCUUCUAGGAAUUGUGUAGCGCAGGCCCUCGGUCUUGUCAAAUCAUACUGGCCUUGGGCCAAGAUAGGUGUUCUUGGCGAUGGCAUGUGUUCGACUUGUGACCAUAACCAAUUUGUCAAGUUUGUAGAGGAGGCCGAACCUGUGGCCGACCAAAUUGUAAAGUUGAUAGAUCAGUAGGAUGUACUGUAUCUUCU